CCUAAGUUUGAAAUAUGAAAUGUUUAAACCAUCAAGUUGCAAAGAUAUAGGGAUCUGACAUUCUGGUGACAAUUGCCCAUAAAGUUUUAUACUAGGAGAAGUUGUGGCAUCACGAGAUAAUAAUGAUACAUCCCAGAAAUAUGAAAUAUGCACAAACUAUACAAAAAAUUGCAGAAAAACUUAUCGAGUUGGGCAUUAAAGUUUAAAGAAGAGUCAUGUUCUUUGAUAAAUGUUGUUUUCAGAUUGUGAAAGUUUAAGAUGGGGGAUAAAGUUGCUGAACAUGAACCCUCUCCCUCCCCUAUGCCUAUUAUACCUCUACAGGUGCAACGUAAGUUGGUGGAGAGAGGAUCUCAAAAAGGAAAAGGGAUAGCUGUCUUCACCAGCGGAGGCGAUUCACAAGGGAUGAAUGCAGCUGUCAGAGCAGUUGUCAGGUUUGGAAUCUAUCUGGGUUGCAAAGUAUUCUUUAUAAAGGAGGGAUACCAGGGUAUGGUUGAUGGAGGUGAUAAUAUUGUGGAGGCUAACUGGAGAUCUGUCUCAGGCAUCAUCCACAAGGGAGGCACCAUCAUCGGCUCUGCAAGGUGUAUGGAAUUUAAAGAGAGGGCAGGAAGAUUGAAAGCUGCCAAGAAUCUGAUAACAAAGGGAAUCUCUAAUCUGGUUGUGAUUGGUGGAGAUGGUUCGUUGACUGGAGCCAAUAGGUUUAAACAGGAGUGGAGCAGUCUUCUUCAGGAAUUGGUUGAAACUAACCAAUUAUCCACUGAAUUGGCGACAACUUUCUCCCAUUUGAAUAUAGUUGGUAUGGUCGGAUCAAUCGACAAUGAUUUCUGUGGAACAGAUAUGACCAUUGGAACUGACUCUGCUCUGCAUCGUAUUAUAGAGGCUGUAGAUGCCAUCAUACCAACAGCCUCCAGCCAUCAGAGGACAUUCAUUAUGGAGGUAAUGGGACGACACUGUGGGUAUCUUGCUCUAGUAGCUGGGGUUGUGAGUGAAGCAGAUUUCGUCUUUAUCCCUGAAUGGCCGGCAGAAAAGAACUGGCCGGAGAAACUCUGUAAGAAACUGGAGAUUGAAAGAAAAUGCGGGCAUAGGUUGAAUAUUAUCAUUGUGGCUGAGGGGGCAAUUGAUAUGGACGGAAAUGCAAUUACAUGUGAGGAUAUUAAGAAGGUGGUUGUGGAUAACCUGCAUCAGGAUACAAGGAUCACUGUUUUGGGCCAUGUUCAGCGGGGCGGAGCUCCCUCCGCCUUUGAUAGAAUUCUCGGCUGCAGGAUGGGUGCAGAGGCUGUCCUUGCUUUGAUGGAUGCUACCCCAGAGACAGAAGCAUGUGUUGUGUCUCUGGACGGAAAUGCCGCGGUCCGUGUUCCACUCAUGGCCUGCGUUGAGAAAACACAAGCUGUGACGAAGGCUAUGGCUGACAAGAACUGGGAGCUAGCUGUAAAGCUGAGAGGGUCAUCUUUCCAGAGGAACCUGGACACCUACAGAAUGCUCACCAAAUUGAAUCCGGAAAUUACUGGGAAAGGAGUGAAGCCUCCAAGUGGUUUAACUGACUGCCCUGGAUGGAACCUGGCUGUUAUGCACUGCGGAGCGCCAUGCUGCGGAAUGAAUGCCGCGGUUCGAAGCUUCACAAGAAACUGCAUAUUCUCUGGAAAUAACCCCCUUGGUAUCCACAACGGUAUUGAUGGUUUGAUUAAAGGAGAAAUUAAACCUAUUGGAUGGUCUGAUGUCACUGGUUGGAUCGCAGAGGGUGGAGCCCUGCUGGGAACCAAGAGAACCCUACCAGAGAAGGAUUUCGCUAAAUGUGCAGAAAAUCUGGAGAAACACAAGAUUCAAGGACUAGUCGUCAUUGGAGGGUUUGAAGCAUUCAGUGCAGUUCUUCAGUUUUCACAGCAAAGAGAUAAAUAUAAACAAUUCAGGAUUCCAAUGGUUGUUUUGCCCGCCACAAUCUCCAACAACGUUCCUGGGACAGAUUUCUCUAUUGGUGCAGAUACAGCCCUUAAUGAGAUCACAGAGAUCUGUGACAGAAUUCGGCAAAGCGCCCAGGGCACCAAGCGUCGAGUCUUUAUCGUUGAAACUAUGGGUGGAUACUGUGGAUAUCUGGCUACUAUGGCAGGUUUAGCCGGUGGGGCUGAUGCUGCAUACAUAUUUGAGGAGAAGUUUGGUAUCAAGGAUUUAAUGAGGGAUAUGGAUAUCAUGGCGUAUAAGAUGGACGAAGGGAACAUCUACCGUGGUCUCAUCCUUAGGAAUGAGAUGGCCAGUGAGAACUACAGCACCGACUUCUUCUACAGGCUGUAUUCCGAGGAGGGUAAAAACAAGUUUACAGUUCGUCAAAAUAUUCUUGGACAUAUGCAGCAGGGGGGCUGGCCUUCGCCCUUCGACAGGAACGUGGCUACAAAGAUGGCAGCCAAGACAGUAAACUGGUUAAUUGAACAGCUGACUCAUGUGGCCGCAAGAGAUGAUGGUUCAGGAACCGUUCAUGCUGAUGAUCCUUCCACUGCUACUCUGCUCGGCAUGCGCACCAGAUCAUACAGGUUCCAGCCUGUUGAAGAUGUUGCCAAAGAAACUGACUUUACAUACAGAGUGUCUUCUGAUGGUAACCAGUGGUGGAUGAAGCUGCGUAGUAUUAUGGACAUUUUGGCACAGCAUGAUUCUACUUAUGAGGUGGAAGGAUUGGACCCAACAUCUACUACUGAUGGAGAAACUAUGUAAAAUCUGUGAGAGUGGAUCCUACAUCCUUCAUGACAUAAAUAAGAUUUUCAUUAAUCCAUAUUCAACUCAAAGCUACUGUCUUUAGUUGCAAUUGAAUCUAAAAUUAAAAGAUGUGAAAAUCUUCUGGACAACAAUCAGUGGAAUAAUUAUAGCUUUUUUUAUAAAAUGCUUUAAAUGUCACAAAAGAAAACAUAAUAUUGAAGAACCUGUAAUGAUCAUAUAUUUAAAUCUAACCCAGUGCAUGAAUUAUGAAAGUUAAAAUUAAAAGCUUUUAAUUUGAAUUAACAAAUUUUCUAUUAAAAUGUCCAAAUUAGUUGUCGUUUUACGUUUUUUAAAUGCAACCUCAGUUUGGCCCAAUCAUGUUUCAUCGUUGAGCCAUAUCUUAGUCCGAUAAGUAUUUUUAGAAAUCUGUUAUGAAAUUAACCUGUAGCUGUGUUUAGAUCUGUUAAAUAUACUAAAUUUAUCCAAUAA